UGCAAUAUAUAAGUCUCUUCGGUUCGCACGCAUGAAGAAACAAACAAGAUCUUUCUUCAUCUCCUUCAACGAUAACCAACCACACACACUUUUCAAUCAAUCAAUCAAUAAUAGUAAAUCACAGAUAAUCAAAAUCAGGGUUUCUCAAUCUUAUUCCUCUUGUGAAAUCGCUCACAAAACGGUUUCACCCUUACUACCUUAAUUCCCAAAAAUACGAUUUAGGGUUUCGAAUCGGAUCUGCCGAUCAACAAUUUUCUGAUCGGCGUUAAUUUUGUUUUUCUGUUAACUAAUCAUUCAAAUUUCGAGAAAUCUUUCGUCAGUUUUUAUCUUGCGUAGGGUUUUGUAACGAUGAACGAUCAAUCGAAGAUGAUGAUGAAUUUGAACCAGAUGAAUCAGCCUCAGAUGAUGAAUCAAGUUCCGAUGAUGAAUCAGCCUCAGGUAAUUAACCAGUCUCAACCUCAGUUACUCUCUCACACACACAAUCAAGGAAUUAAUCAGCAAUCUCAGCCGCCACAGAUGAAGAUGAUGAACCAGAAUCAGCCUCCGACGAUGAAUCGUGGUGGUGGAUAUAAUAAGGUUUGGUCUCAACAGCUACCUCUGGACCCUAACAUGAAAUUUCAGAACCCUAAUAUGAAACCUAAUUUCCCUCCUUUGAAGCCUGGACGAAGUAAUAAUAAUAAUAAUAACAAUAACUGGAAGGGAAAGAAGGUUAGCGAUAAGCGCAAAGACAUUAGGAGAAUGGAAAAACCUAAUCAAAGUAUUUCCAUCGGUAUUCCACCAAACAACAGUGGUGGUUACCAACCACCUACUCUUCAUGAGUUGCAAUCUCAGAAUCGUUUAAAAGCUCGUAAGUUUUACCCUAAGAAGAAGUUUAAUGCUAGAUUUGCACCUUAUGCGCCUAGGAAUACGACUUCGUUUAUUAUUCGUGCCAAGAAAUCUGGUGGUAUUGCGUCGCUUGUGUCGCCUUGUCCUGUCACUCCGGCUGUGCUUCCCACGCCUAUAUUGUCUCCUUCGAGGGAGAUGUUGGGAGACAUGGCGAAGGAAGAGUGGGGUGUUGAUGGAUAUGGGUCGAUGAAGGGUUUGAUUAGGCUUCGAGAUAAUCAUGAUGAUGAAGAUGAAGAGGAUGGUGGUGGUGGGUCGAGUGAGAGUGACGUGGAGGAACAUGUGGAGGUGGAAAGGAGGUUGGACCAUGAUUUGAGCAGGUUUGAGAUGAUAUACCCAAAUUAUGGAGGUGGUGAUUAUAAUAAUGUCUUAGAGAAUAGGGUAGAUGAUCAGGAUUCUCACAUAGCACAAUUGGAGGAAGAGAAUUUGACACUGAGGGAGCGCCUUUUCUUAAUGGAGAGGGAGUUAGGUGAUUUACGAAGGAGGAUGCUGUUUCUUGAGAGGCAGAACCAGGCUGUGGAAGAUGUCAAUGAGGAAGUGGUGGAAAAUGGGUCUGAAAAUGAAAGUGAUGGGGGAUCUGAUGUCCCUAUUAUGGGAAUUGAGAACAAUGUCGAGAUGGUUGAUUCAAUGCUGGAAAGUGGGAGAAAUGGAAGCAUUGAGGCCAAUGCUGCUGCUAAGUUAGACAUUGAUGGAGUUUCAGAAGCUGAAGGUGUAGAUGAUCUUUUUAUGGAAGAGCCUGUUCCAAGUGAGGUGGUUUCAAAUCUGGAUGAGAUCAAAGGUAAUGAAAUGGGAGGUAGCUUUGUGUUUAAUGAAGUGAAGGACGAGAAGGAUGAAUUAGAUACACAACAGUGUUUAACAGAUGUUGUCGAUAAAAAAGAGAGUGGUGAGAAUGAAAUGAUCGAUGGAAUUGAUGAACCAAAAACCCAUGAAGCAGCAAAUGAAAGUACAAAUGGCUUAGUGAGUGAGAAGGAUGAAUGCAAGAGUCAGAUAGUUGGGACAAGUUCAGAGACUGCCGGAGAUGAUGAUUUGUCUGUUGCUCAGUAGCUGAAGCUGUUACUCAAGUAGGCUUUUGAUGGGAAGGCUAGCGAGUGAAUGCUACUACUUUUAAUGCAUACAUUGGUGGUAUUUGCAGACCCGUAGAUUAGUAGUUUACCUUUAUUUUGUCUCUUUUUUCUAAUUGUAUGGUUUGGUAAAAUGAAAGAUUAGGGAAGGGUUGUCUUCACAGUCACAUCUCUUAGUUUUGGAUAUGUGACUGUAGCUGAGUUUCCUUCAUUUGUCUUUUUUUUUUUUUUUUCCUUUUUCUUUCAGGGGCGGGGGUUUGGUUGCCUAGGUCUGUAGAAAAUAGUAGGAGAGGUCCCUAAGUUUGCAGGUUCCUUUGUGUACAAGGGAUUAAAGUGUAUGUUAAAAAUACUUAACUCAAUGACAUGUAAAGAACCUGUGAAUUUGUAAGGAGAACUAAUGACCACCAUGUACUUUUUCUACUUUUAGUUAAUUCAUGAAAUUGAUUUUCUUUA